AUGGCAUUCAUGGUGUGCGUGGAUCAGCAGCCAAUAUCAGCCGAGUUGAAGCUCCUUCAACUCCGCCAGUGCCUCACGGGCCCGCCGCUAAAGAGCAUUGAGGCAUUUGGCUACUCAGCGUCCGCGUACUCAGCCGCGAUAAGUCGCCUGGAGCACAAGUGCUGUGGCCUCCGUCGUAAGACGGCCGUCCACAUGACCGCACUCUCGCAGUUUACGCCCAUUCGGGAUCGGGGUACUGCCGCAGAGUUUGAGCGCUUUGCUGACUUGCUGCAAGUCGCAAUCAUCAACCUGCAGGAUGUUGGGCAACAUGGCGAAUUGGCUGCAGGGACAUUCUGCACCCAAUUGCAGCGGAAGUUGGGCCCGGAGUUGCUGACCAACUAUAACAGAUGCCGAUGUGACACAGGUGCUGAAGAGUCCGUACCCCACCUACUGCAGUGGGUGCUGAGCGAAGCAGACUUCCGCACGGAGGCGGGUGAGACGCUGCACAGCAUCGCCAACACAACACUGGGCUCCCGGUCACCGCCUUCUGCCAGGCCUCCCAGGUUUGGACCAGCUACGGCAUCUGCGUUAGCAGUGUUGUCCACCAACCCUCGUGCUUACUGCUCUCAGGAUCACGCUGCCGCACAGCGCCCCGUUAUUACUUCACUCGCAAGAAGGAAGGAAAUAGUGAAACAGGACGGGCGUUGCUUCGUGUGCCUCAAGCAGCAUCACAUGGCCCGCAACUGCCAGUCAACGUUAAAGUGCGCCAAGUGCAGCCGGCGACAUCAUGGCAGCAUCUGCGAUGGCACGCUAGCGCUUGCUGGCAAGGACAAGUCGUUUGGCACGGCCACCAGGUCCGGUCAGCGACGUGCGUCGCCAGCCAAGGAUCUCUGGACUGAAGCGGGCACAUCCGCAGCUGUGGGCACGGUCGGCAAUGGUGGAGCCAUGCUGCUCCAGACGGCUAACGCUACAGUCUGCUCCCCAGCAGACCCGACCCGCACCGCCACGGUCGAAGUCGUUAUGGAUGGCGGCAGCCAGAGAUCCUUCGUGGCGUACGAUGUGACCAAGCAGCUGGGUCUACCAACCCUUUAG